AUGGCACUGCGACGGAGACUGUUGGCAAGUAUUGUGGAUCACGCCGCCGAGGCUGAUCCAGAAAGAUUGUUCGCCGUCAUCCCCAAGGGGUCAGAGCUUUCCGAUGGCUUCCAAAACCUGACGAUGAAAGGAUUGUCCCAAGCUGUGAACACCCUUUGUCGAUGGAUUGAAAAUACAAUUGGUACAGGUGGCCCUCGAGAAACGCUGGCGUAUAUGGGAAGCAAUGAUGUUCGGUAUUGUGUAUUUGUUCUCGCUUGUCAGAAGACUGGCCAUCAGGCCUUUUUGCCCUCGACAAGGAACGCAGAUGAAGCUCAUAUCCAUUUGCUAAAGGAAUUAAAAUGCACAAAGUUCUUCUUUCCCGAGGAAAGAAUCACACGGGUCUUGGAGUUGAAGGAACUCUAUCCUGAUCUCGAGAUCUUCCAAGUCCCGUCAGUAAAACUGAUGCUAACUGACGAGAGUGGCUUGACCCCUUACCGCUAUGAGAAGAACUAUGAGGAAGUUGAGGAUGAAACAAUGUGCAUAAUUCACAGUUCGGGAACCACUGGCAUGCCAAAGCCGGUGCCUCUUACGAACGGAUUCUGGAGCGCCUUGGAUAACGUGGAUAGCUUGACCUGGCCAGAAGGUCGUCAGCCAAACCUUUACAUCAACCUGGGUCGACAAGAUCUUGCCUUGGCAACAACACCAUUUUUUCACUUGAUGGGACUGUUAGCCAUUGUCCUUUCAAUUAUGCAUGAAGUUCCUGCCUUGGUCGGACCCGACAAGCCCUUAUCAGUGGAAUAUCUCACCGAAAUGAUGCAAAUGACUCGUCCUACAACUGGAUUGUUCCCGCCAUCUCUUUUGGAGGAUAUGAGCCACUCCGAAGAAUCACUGGAGUGCUUCAAACGACUUAAGUCCAUUGGAUUCGGUGGUGCCCCUCUCGCUCCAGAAACUGGCGACAGGCUACGCCAAUGCACCCAGUUGAUCCCGGUUAUUGGAACUAGCGAGAUCGGCUGGAUCGCAGCGAUGGUGCCCCAAGACGGAGAAGAUUGGAGCUAUUUCGAAUGGAACGACAGCUAUGGUAUCGAUAUGCAAAGUGUGGGUGACGGGCUCUAUGAAAUGGUCAUUGUGCGUAACCCCAAAUCUCGGGCUUUACAGGGCAUCUUCCACACCUUCCCAGACCUCGACAUUUAUCGCACCAAGGACGUGUACAACCAGCACCCCACCAAGCCGUAUCUCUGGAAGUUCAAUGGCCGCAUCGACGAUGUCAUCGUUCUGAGCAACGGUGAAAAGUUCAACCCAACAACCAUGGAGACAAUCAUCGAGGGACACCAUCUGGUCGCCAAAGCUGUUGUUGUUGGACAAUCCCGUUUCCAGGCUGGCUUGCUGGUAGAGCCAUAUACUGGAACCCCAGAGAUGGACAUCAAGACUUUCAUCCAAGAGAUCUGGCCUACCGUUCAAGCUGCAAACCAAACAAUUGCUGCUCAUGGUCGAGUGAUGAAGAGCCGGAUUGGAAUUGCUCCCAGGGGAAAGACCUUUGAACGGACACCGAAAGGCAGUGUUAAGCGACGAUCUGUUCUACAAAACUUCGAGAAGGAGAUCAAUGAAAUCUACCAAGCCGGCCUUGAGGAAGAUCUUGAUAACCAUCUUCCAGAGAGCUUGGACAGGGCUGGCCUUCUGAAAUACACCCGUGAAAUUAUUUCACAGGUCUUGGAAAAACCAGAGGUCCCUAUCAACCAAGAUCUCUACAGCCUCGGACUUGACUCUCUGAUGACUAUGCAGGUGGCCAAGGUGCUGCAGCGAGGUAUCCAGAAUCUCCAGCAAAAGGUGAAGCCAGGAUCCAUCAACCCGCAAACCAUCUACUCCAACCCAACUGUGGAGCUUUUAGCGGGAGUGAUCUCCAACAUGGUGGAGGGCAAGUCCGAGGAAGCCGUUCCUCGUGAUGAGAAGAUUCAAAAGAUGGUGGAGAAGUACACCAGUGAUCUGCCUGAAGGUGGCCACAAAAACACGAAGCAGUCAGCUUCGCCAUCAACGGUUAUUCUGACUGGAUCUACUGGCUCACUCGGAACAUAUCUACUGCAUAUCCUGCUCGAGAAUCCGUCAAUUUCCAAGGUGUACUGUCUGAACCGCUCAGACGCUGAAGAAAGGCAGAAAAGGGGCCUCGAAGAAAAGGGCCUUCUGGUGGAUGCCAAUGACUGGGCUUCCAAAACCGAGUUCUUGACGACAUCCUUCGGAGAAGCUCACUUCGGCCUGGGUGAAGACAAGUAUGAAGAGCUUCUCGAAUCUGUCGAUACCAUCAUUCACAACGCUUGGAAGGUUGACUUCAAUCACUCGGUUGAGUCAUUCGAAGAGACCCACAUUAGGGGAGUUCGAAACGUCGUUAACUUCAGUCUGAAGAGCAAGCACAACGCCCAUAUCCACUUUGUGUCCUCUGUCAGCACAGUGGGCUCCUUCACACCAGAGAUGGGACCUUUAGUACCAGAAAUCCCCAUGGAGAACAGCUCCGUCGUUCUUCCACAAGGAUACGGUGAAUCUAAACAUGUUGCAGAGAGAAUCUGCCUCGAAGCCUCUCGUCGUUCUCGUGUUCCCACCACAGUCUACCGCGUUGGACAAAUUGCAGGACCGACAACCGCGAGCGGACAAUGGAACCCACACGAAUGGCUCCCGACAAUCGUCGCCACGUCAAAGGCACUGGGCAAAAUUCCUAGCCGCCUUGGAGCCAUGCCGGUGGACUGGGUCCCAGUCGACACCCUCGCCUCAAUAAUGACCGACAUUGUUCACACACGUCACGGAGACCAGUCCGACCUCCCCCACGCAGUCUUCCAUCUCACAAACUACAAGACGGCCUCAUGGGAAUCGCUCAUUCCGACCAUACAACAAGAAUACAACGUCGAGCCGGUCGAGUUUGCCGCUUGGGUAGCGGAACUUGAAAGCAUUCAGAAUCCGUCUACUGCAGAGGUGGCCGAGAAACCUGCACUCAAAUUGCUCAGCUUCUACCGUGGCCUUGUUGAUGAUACUAAAGCCGCGAUGUCUGUGGCUUUGGAUGUUCAGAAAACGAAGGAAGCUAGCAAGACGAUGAAGUCGCUUCAGCCUAUCUCUGCAUCAUUGAUGUCAAAUUGGCUGAAGCAGUGGAACUUCUGA